UGUGGUGAACAAGUGUUGCUGGUUAACAAAAUUACACAAUUUGCUGUGCGCGCUCGAAAGAGAGAGACUGCUACAGUAUUAGUAACCAAAAUAACAAAACGUUUACAACAUGCCGUCAUACAGCGGCAAAUUGUUUUUGUUGUUGUGGCUGUUGAUGCUAACACUGGCAGCAGCCAUAACAAUAGAUGAGCAAUGCAUGCAUUCCAUAGACAGCUGCGAUCGCUGCUUGAGUACGCAUUUAAAUUGCGCCUGGUGCACGGACAAGAAGUAUCAGGUGCGCUCUCGCUGCCUCUCACGUGCGACGCUGCUCAACUUCAACUGCAGCGAAGCGAACAUUUAUGAGAAUCAACCGCAGCUGGAAGUGCUGCAGCAGAAGCCGCUGAAGGAUUACGAGUCCAGCGAUGAGCAUUCGGUGCAAGUAAAGCCACAACGCGUGUUUCUCAAAUUGGUUAAAGGAAACACGCAACGCCUCAAGCUGAGCUAUCGCGGCGCCUUAAACAAUCCGCUUGACCUUUAUGUGCUGAUGGAUCUCACCUGGACAAUGCGCGAUGACAAGGACACGCUGGAGCAGCUGGGCGAGCAGUUGACCAAAACGCUACGCAAUCUGACAAACAAUUAUCGCCUGGGCUUUGGCUCCUUUGCGGACAAACCAGCCAUGCCCAUGAUUAUGCCACAGCUACGCGAUAAUCCUUGCGCUGCCGAACGCGAAAGCUGCGAGCCCACCUAUGGCUAUCGGCAUCAGCUACAGCUGACAGAGGAUAUUAAGGCGUUUACCAAUGCUGUUAGGAAUAGCAAAAUAACUGGCAAUCUGGAUAAUCUAGAGGGUGGGCUGGACGCUUUAAUGCAGGUCAUGGUUUGUCCGCAGCAGAUUGGCUGGAAGCAGCAGGCGCGUAAGGUUGUCAUCCUGGUCACCGAUGGCUUCAUGCACUUUGCUGGCGAUGGCCGCUUGGCAGGCAUAGCGGAGCGCAACGAUCGCCAGUGCCAUCUAAAUGAGGCGGGCGAGUAUACGGGCUCGCUGGUCUAUGAUUAUCCAUCGCUGGAGCAAAUCUAUCGAGAACUGCUGCGUCGCAAAAUCAAUGUAAUCUUUGCUGUAACGGAGGAGGUAUUUCUCACCUACAAAGAGAUGAGUGGCCUCAUGCAGGAGAUUAGCAACGUGGAAAUACUAAGCGCGGACUCGUCCAAUAUUUUGGAGUUGAUCAAGAAGAGCUACGAGAGUUUUAUCAAGCGCACACAAUUUGGCGACAACAGUCCGGAGUUUAUAAAAAUGGAGUACUAUACCGACUGUGCCGGGCAGUUUCCGAACUUGCGGCCACGCAACUACUGCAACAAUGUGAACCUAGGCAAGGAGGUGGAAUUCUAUGUGGAUAUAACGCUAACGGAUUAUCCCAAGAAUGGAUCACUGUAUCACAAAAUACGCGUGGAGGAGACUUCGUUGAAUGAGUACAUGGAUAUCGAAGUGGAGCUGCAGCGUCCGUGUCCGUGUGUGGAGGAGCCGCAGCCAGACGAUGAGUACGGACGCUUCCAGUGCGAUGAACAGGGCUAUUUGAACUGCGGCAUGUGUGUCUGCGAUGAAGGCUGGACGGGCACAUUCUGCAAUUGUCCGACAGACCCGAGCAAUGCGACCACCAAUGAAGCACUGCUGCGCACCUGUCGCUUGCCAUUGGAUAGCUUGGGCAGCAGCUUGUCGCACUUGGUUUGCUCCAAUCAUGGCGAAUGCGACUGCGGCAGCUGCAAAUGCGAUGCUGGACAUACGGGAGAGUUCUGCGAGUGCCUGGAAUGCUUUGACUGCGAUGAGGAGCGUGCCGAAUGCCAUUGUGGCCAAUGUGUCUGCAAGUACGGCUGGUCGGGCACGCGCUGCAAUUGCGCCGAGUCCACCGAGGGCUGCAUUGGACCCACGGGCGAGAUUUGCUCGGAGCGCGGUGCUUGCGACUGCGGCGCCUGCAGCUGUGAGGAGCCGUAUUUGGGCAUGUUCUGCGAGAUCGAUGCGGAGAAGGACAACAAGCUGUGCCAGUUCUAUGAGCCCUGCGUCACUUGCUUGAUUAUGCAAAAGCAGGGCAUGGGCGCCUGCGAUAAUCUCAGCCAGAUCUGCUCCAGCGCCAACAGCAGCAGCAGCUUCACUUACAGCUUUGUCGCCGAACUGGAGGCGGAGAUUAUGUGCCUGGUGCGCAUUGUCAAUAAGCAUGGCAUUCAAUGCGACAGCUACUUUGGCUAUCAGGUGAUCGAUCGUGCCAAUUAUUUGGCCAUCCAAGCGAUCGAUUGUGAGCCAGCCAAUUAUUAUGCCAUCUUUGGCUUCAUUUCGCUGGCUACACUGCUGCUGGGUCUGCUCAUCAUCAUGAUAUUCCGCUGGUGCAUCAACAUGAAGGAUGCUCGCGAGUAUGCGCGCUUCCAUGAGGAGCAAUCGAACAGUCUGCGCCAAGAGAAUCCCAUCUACAGAGAUCCCGUUGGACGCUACGAAGUGCCCAAGGCGCUGAGCGUUAAAUACGAUGAGAAUCCAUUUGCCAGUUGAGUUAAGUCAAGGCAACUUAGUUGUUAUUUAGUAUUAACGUCUGUCCAAAAGUGCCAAAGCGAAAGUUGAGCUCAAUUGUCUACAGUUAACAUAGUUAGAGUUAAGAAUUGAUAUAAGCCAGAAUUGUUAUUGACUGUUAACAGCCCACUGUUAAUGACUUGACUGUUAAUGCCGCCAAUCAAAAUGCCUUGUAACAAUAUUCCUUGAAACUGUUAACAUUUGUACCUACAUUGAGCAUUUUAACAUAAGUCUGUUAACCACCAAUCAAUGUCCCCAAUCAAAAUGUCUU